UCCUUUCUUUCUUUCUUUCUCUGAUCAUUCUUCUUCUCCAAUUCCUUUCUCUCCCAUGGUUCCACUUUUCUCACCAUGCCUUCUCAGUCCAACUUCUCCCUUUCAAGGUGGUUUGGACUUUGUCAGCAACGGAACACAAUCCCAGAUAAUUCUAACCAUGGCGGCGGCGGAGGUGGUGACAUCAACGAAGAAAACCCAGUUCCCUACACUAUAGAAUGCUACGCUUGCACUCAAGUCGGUGUUCCAGUUUUCCACUCCACCAGCUGCGACCAAGCUCAUCCGCCCGAAUGGGAAGCCUCCGCCGGCUCCUCCCUCGUUCCCAUUCAGGCUCGUACGAGGGCAGGUCAGAAGAAGGCUCAACAAGCCGCAUCCGCCAAUACCCGGCGACCUUAUGGUCCGUUUGGACGGGUUCUUGAUCCGAGAACGAAGCGGGUGCAGAACUGGAACCGGUUUUUUCUAUUGGCUCGUGGAAUGGCCUUAGCCAUUGAUCCUUUGUUCUUUUAUGCUUUGUCGAUAGGGAGAGGCGGUUCGCCGUGUCUAUACAUGGAUGGAGGGCUGGCCGCCAUAGUAACCGUCCUUCGCACGUGUGUGGACGCGGUGCAUUUGUUCCAUAUCUGGCUUCAGUUCAGGCUGGCGUACGUGUCAAGGGAGUCGCUCGUCGUGGGUUGCGGUAAACUCGUGUGGGACGCGCGUGCCGUCGCCUCUCAUUACCUUCGUUCCCUCAAAGGUUUCUGGUUUGAUGCCUUUGUCAUUCUGCCAGUUCCUCAGGCUGUAUUUUGGUUAGUUGUACCAAAAUUAAUAAGGGAAGAGAAGAUCAAGCUUAUAAUGACCAUAAUGUUGUUAAUCUUCUUGUUCCAAUUCCUCCCAAAGGUUUACCACAGCAUUUGCUUAAUGAGAAGGAUGCAAAAGGUCACUGGUUACAUCUUUGGCACCAUUUGGUGGGGUUUUGGCCUUAACCUCAUUGCCUACUUCAUUGCCUCUCAUGUUGCUGGAGGGUGCUGGUAUGUCCUUGCGAUACAGAGGGUUGCCUCGUGUCUCAGGCAACAAUGCGCAAGAAACACUCAGUGCAACCUCUCGUUGUCGUGCUCAGAGGAGGUGUGCUACCAGUUUUUAUUUCCUGCUGAAACGGUCGGGAAUUCUUGCGGUGGUAACUCAACCAAAGUUGUGCGGAAACCUUUAUGUUUAGAUGUUCAUGGACCAUUCAAUUAUGGGAUUUAUCAGUUGGCCCUCCCUGUUGUUUCUAGUAACUCUGUCGCUGUUAAGAUCCUUUAUCCCAUAUUUUGGGGAUUAAUGACUCUCAGCACCUUUGGGAAUGAUCUUGAGCCAACAAGUCACUGGUUAGAAGUGAUGUUCAGUAUCUUCAUUGUGCUUGCUGGACUGAUGCUCUUCACUCUACUGAUUGGAAACAUCCAGGUUUUCUUGCAUGCUGUAAUGGCCAAAAAAAGAAAAAUGCAGCUAAGAUGUCGAGAUAUGGAAUGGUGGAUGAAACGCCGGCAGUUACCAUCACGUUUGAGACAACGAGUCCGUCACUUCGAACGUAAAAAAUGGACAAUAUCGGGUGGAGAAGACGAAAUGGAACUGAUAAAAGACUUACCCGAAGGCCUCCGGAGAGACAUUAAGCGCUAUCUUUGCCUUGACCUUAUCAAGAAGGUUCCUUUGUUUCAGAACUUGGAUGAUCUUAUUCUCGAUAACAUCUGCGAUCGAGUUAAGCCACUUGUAUUCUCUAAAGACGAAAAGAUAAUCAGAGAAGGAGAUCCAGUGCAGAGAAUGGUGUUUAUUGUUCACGGACGUAUAAGACGUAACCAAAGCCUCAGCAAAGGCAUGAUCGCCACGAGUUUUAUCGAGCCAGGAGGCUUCCUGGGUGAUGAAUUGUUGUCAUGGUGUCUUCGCAGACCAUUUAUGGAUCGUCUUCCUGCCUCGUCUGCAACAUUCGUUUGCAUAGAAUCGAUUGAAGCGUUUGGCCUCGAGGCAAACCAUCUCAAAUACAUCACGGAUCACUUCAGGUACAAGUUUGCCAAUGAGAGGCUUAAGAGAACAGCUCGAUACUAUUCAUCGAAUUGGCGAACGUGGGCAGCCGUGAACAUACAACUCGGUUGGCGGCGUUACAGAAGGAGGACUCGAGGUCUGAUAGUUUCUGUUGCCGAAAAUGGAAACAGCAGGGACCGCCGAUUGCUACAAUAUGCUGCCAUGUUUAUGUCAAUAAGGCCACAUGAUCAUCUAGAAUAAAAGAAAAGCCAAUAGCCUUAUGCAAUUCUUUUGCUCAUUAUGUAAUCCGUGUCAUCUAAUAAAGUUCUAUGUUCCCCAUGGAAACAUUUGAACAUUGUUCUUUACCAAUUC